UUUCUGACUUGGUUAUAUUCGCUAAUCGAAGUCAACAUGAAAUAGUUUGCAACGAUGUACGCCAAAAUGUUGUCUCCUGUGGUUUUCCUUUCUUUUAUUGUGACUCCGUACACACUAGGAAAUGAUUUGUCAUCUCGAAUCCUGUUCGGCCAGAGAGCAAAUAUAGAAGAGUUUCCAUACUUUGCUGCCCUGCGGGAAUGUGGUGCCGUCGUCAUUUCGGAUUCUUGGCUCAUCACAACCGCGCAUUGCGUUGCUUUUGAUGACCAUAAAUUCGGCACAGUGUGGGUAGGUGGAAACAAUGCGAAAACCAGCCAACAAGUCACGUACGACACAGUCAUAAUCCACCCUGACUUUAAUAUUGCCGACCAAUUUCUGAGCAAUGAUAUUGCUCUCCUGAGACUAGCUGAGCCCUUGACUUUUAGCGAUACAAUUCAACCAGCUGAAUUACCGCGAGAUGAUAACAAAGGAUAUUACGAAAGUGAUUAUGUAGGAGUUACAUAUACCGUUGCUGGGAAAGGAAUGCGUGAGGGAAACUUGUUGAAAAUAGAUGUCACGCCAAUAAGCACGGAAGAGUGCCUGAGUCACUUACCUCUCGCAGCACGUAUAUACAUGUAUCAGUAUAGGUACAGACUUAAUGAAUACAUCUGUGCUAUACGGGAGACCCAAAAUGAUUAUGAUCACGAUAUGCCCGGCUUAAGUCACGGUGCCUCCGGUAGUCCUCUCGUGCACCAAGGCGAGCUUGCAGGCCUGGCAGUUGCGGUCAACAAUCCUUGGGAAUCAAACCUCUUCACAUUCAUCAAAAUCACGAGACAUACCGAAUGGAUCCGUUUCAUCACUGGGAUCAGACCGGGUUAUUAGGAAUAUACUACUAGUACCACUACUAAGGUACCUUAUGAACAUGAGUACAAGUAAAUAUAUUUUUUACUGGUAACAUUACUAACUGCGUAAAUAGCAACAAUUUAUUAAAAUGGAUGUGGGAAUUGGGUACUAAAUGAAAUGAAUAUAAACUUAAAUGUUCAUUCGUGUUCGAAAUGUGCAAAUUUGUUAAAUAUAAUAUAAAUUUGUUUAGACAAAGGGCAACGAUAAACGGCACAAAUACGAUCUAGAGAUACCGACGCAUCAAAGGCUAAAACUGUUCCAAAAUAACUGCCACUGUAUGGCUAUAAAGUUGUAUAAUUCUAUUCCUGUUGGUAUAAGGACACUAGAAGGAAAGGCUUUUCGAAAAAAACUGUACAGUAUAUUACUCGAACAUUGUUUUUAUAACAUAAAUGAUAUAAUACAACAUUUUAAAAUUAAUAACUUUUAGAUAUAUAAUUUAGCUAAGUACCUAAUUUGACAUUGAUACAUAUUAACAUUUGAUUCGUUUUCUUUAUUUUACAUAAUUCUGUCAUGCUUCUUUUACCUGUAAUUUAUUUUUAUUUUUCUGCUUAAUAGAAUGCUGAAGCCAGACAUGUGAAGUGUACAGUUUACUGUUGGAAAAUUGUUUUAUGACAUUAAUAAUUAAAAAAAAAAAAAAGUUUUUUUUUCGGAUUAAUUACAUCCAUAGAAUUACAUAUUAUUAAAAUUAAAAUUAAAAAAUAAAUAAAUUAAUAUUGAACUUAAAACUAACUUAAACUAAACAUAUUUAACAAAAUUACUUUUUAAAAUAUGCACGUGGCGCGUGCGAUUUCGCCCAGUGGCCAAAUAUCGGGCUGUCAUAUGCCCCUGCGACCGCACUUAGGAGCCCGUUGGUGCUGCCGCGCGCACGGCGCAUCAGGGACGCGACGCGUUUGCGCAUAAUGGCAUGGAAAUCAUCCGUGUGUGCCUCAGCGAACAUCCCAGAAGCACUGCAGUACCGCGGCAGCCCCAUCAGCAUCCUGAACGCGUUAUUGGAAUAAAAUAUAACUAUUUUGUGUAAUUAAAUAUAACUAUUUAAAAUUAAUAUUUUUUAGAUAAUUUAGUUUAGUAGUUUGACAUUGACACACGUUGGCAUUUUUUCAACAUUUUUCUGUACUUCUUAUUUAAUAUUUGUAAUUAUUUUUGUGAUAAAUAUUUGAAUGCUGAAAGUCCGGCCAGACAUGUAAAUAACUGAAUUUGUACAUAUUUACAUCUUAUAUGUAACUC